GCUUUGCCUGCAAAUCAUGAUCAGAUUUUGUAUCCUGUGCGCGGGCUGGACUGGUAGGAAAAUUUCUGUUUUUUUGGCCGAAAAAUCGCCGAAAUGAACCGAAACAACAUGAUUUUUAUCCGAAAUUUUCCAACCGGAGGCGAUUUUUUUUAAAAAUUGCCGAAAUUUCUCCUUUUACCGAAAUUUAUCAGAAAUUUCUCCGAUUUUUGGCGAAAUUUACGGAUAUUUCUUCUGUCGACAUUUCGCCCCCCUCUUUCGUUUCGCCGACCUCCGUAACACGAAAUUUCGGCGAAAUUUCGACCAAAAAAACAGAAAUUUUCAUCCUUGGUCAAAACCACUUCCCAUUGCAGAAACCUCAAUGUGGCUUCAGAACCAGCAAUAUCAAUCAAAUGAGAAUAGUAGACAAGGAUUUUCCUGGGUUCUACCGUGCCAGAAAUGGAGAUUUGGAGAGAGACAGAGAGAGGGAGAGCCUGGAGAGAGAAGGGAGCGUUGAAGAGAGUGGUGCAAAGGACGGAGCUUUAUAUGCGAGAAGUGAACAUCUGUCUUUAGGGUAAUGGAGAGAUUUGGGAGGAGAGAACCAGGAGCUGCUCGGGCUAGGGUUUUGAAGGAAAAAAUCACAGCACGGGAUGGGAAGAGAGAACAGUUAUCAGUUAUGCUGAUGUGAAUUCAAGGAGGCUAUUUUGUGGGAACGAACCCACUUUUAAUAUUAAGUUUCAGCAAAGGCCAUUUUGGCCCAAAAGUCAUCUCUCUGCCUACGUACUGAGUAGCGGUGCCAUCUCUCCUGCGACAGUGGAAGAGAGAACAGUUAUUAUGGUGAUGUGAAUUUAAGGAGGCUAUUUUGUGGGAACGAACCCACUUUUAAUAUUAGGUUUCAGCAAAGGCCAUUUUGGCCCAAAAGUCAUCUCUCUGCCUACGUACUGAGUAGCGGUGUCAUCUCUCCUGCGAAGUAUAUAUCCCUCCUGGAGUAUCGCCCUACGUACUGAGCUUAUACUGUGCUCUCCUACAAUUAUCCUCGCUAUGAGCUGUUGCCUUCGCCUUUUCUGUCUGAAAUACUGUUAUCCUCGUCAUCUGAUAUGACGGACAAUUUCUUGGAUCUGCUCAAAUUUAUGGUGACGCUUGUUUCUGCCAAGUAUGAUUGGAAGAAUGAUUCUCCAUUCACGCGAGAUCAUAUAGCGAUGCGAAUCAUGAUCUUCGCGGUAUUCGUAUAUUAUAUGACAGUUACCAUUCAGGAAAGGUUCAACAUUGAAAUCAAUGCUCAUCUCGCUAGUUUGGACAACAUUAAGUUCUUGAGUGGAGCCCUUGCUGUAACUUCAAUGUUUUUGAUCCUGACUCCACGAGUAGGCUGGCUGUUCCUUUUUGUCUGGGUGAUGUUCUUAGUAAAGGUGGCAUUGGACCUGCAUAGACCAUUUUAUGACUUUGGUAUGCUCAUGGAUCGGGAAGAAACCUAUUUAAACCAUUAAGAGACCCAUCUACAGAAUAUGUAGAAUAAAUUUGAUGGGUUAUUUUGGUUUUUUUUUUUUUUUCCUUUUUUCGUAUGUAUGGUAGCUUUUUUACUUUAAAAAUUCCAUGUUUAUGUAAUAGAAUUAUCAUGAAUUUAUAAAAGAUAUUCAUGGUUGAUCUGC